UUCAAUGGCGACUCCCGCAGAUCAACGAACGGUGAUCCUUGUGAAUGUUUUUGUUGCCCGAACAGUGAAGCUGCUCAACGCCUUUGCCGCGUCCUGCGAGUCCAAGCUCCACUCGCUUCACCUCCGAUUGGUGGAUAUUGACACACGUGUCACUCUGCUAGAGGCUCAGAUCAGAAGCACUGGUCUGCACACGGCCAAUGGGAGAGCAGGGCGUGGCAGGGAGGCACCUCAGAAAAACCUGAAGGCAUCGUCAGCAGCUGCUGGAUCUACAGUAAUUCCUACAGUGACCUUUGGUACACUUGACGUUGCUGCUGCUACGAGCGCAGCUGCUACAAACGAAACAGUUGCAAAUCCCCCUGCUACAGAAUUACCUGUUACAACAGUUACCACUGCACCUGGAUCCGAUUUGCAUGCAGCAGAUUCAGCCGCUGCGGGCGGGAAACUUAAAGCUGCACUUAAUUCCGAUGUACCUGCUACAGUGGCUCAGAGUGUAACCACACCUGACAAUGAUAGGCAGAACCAGCCAGGUGGCAACUCUGCUGGCGUCUCUCCCAGCAAUGCAAUAACGGUGGAUUCUGGAGAAGCCACGGCAGCUGCAGUGACACCUGCAGCAGCGACUGAAGCAGCAGCAGCAGCAGCAGCAGCAGCAGCAGCAGCAGCAGCAGUAGAAGCAGCAGCAGAAGCAGUCGCUAGACGAGCAGCAACAGGAGGACUAGACCAGGAGUAGCUUUAGCAGAGUGAUGCCACACCAAAGCAGCUUUCUGGGGGCAGGGCUGUAUGCACACUAACAGACUUGAUACACUAUGCCCCCCCUGCUUUGGUGCUUCACUGCAUAGCUGGAGCACGACGCGCAGUAUAAAUUGCUCAUGAAUGCACUACGCGCUGUAAAGUUGUGCACAACCAUUUGAAAUCUUUGACAGCUCCA